AUAAUCCGUUGUAUUUAUUUAGAAAUAUUUUUUACUUGCAAUUUUGAUUGUCACAACCUUUGUGACGGCGCUGAACAAUUACAAAGAUAGUGAGAUUCACAAUUUUCGAAUCAAUAUUAUUUUUUGUUUUGCUAUAAGUCACUUUCAGUAAUACAUAGACGUUGUGAGUGUAAUAAGGAGUAAUGUCCGGAAUUCGCACCGGACGCGUGAGUAAGCAUAGGAGAGGCCAUCGUAUGAAGACUCGGCCAGGUCUGAGAAUGAUGGCAAUUAUGCAAGACAGAAAGAGUGAGGAAGUUCCGAAGGAAUUUCUCGAGACUGGCAGGACGGGGCGCCGGAACGCGAUGCCCGACAUCCUGCACCCGCAGGGCGCCGAGUGCACCACGGCCGACCUGCCCUCGCGGCUACAGCAGCUCGCGACUACCGAUCCAGACAACCCGCAGCCAUGUUCAUCUAAAGCAGAACUCGAAAUAAGCAAGGAGGAGGAUUCGAUGGGCAAGAAAGACUGCAGUUGAGCUGCGUUCCUCAGUCAAGAGUCCCAUGUGGACGCUAAGGGACUUACCCAAAGCUAGAGCAAUCUCAAUCAGGUACUAGUGUAGCGAUGAGGACAUAGCCUUAUCAUGCUUAUUAGGAAGGUUUGCCAAUAAGUCGUAGUAGUUUGUAGCGACUUAUUGCAUUGCAGAGUUCUGAGCGACGGAAUAACACUAGGUGGGCACUUUGUCGGAUAUAAUAUAAUCGACAUAUCAUAAAACAGUCAACUAAUUUAUAUGAAGAUUAUUUAUGUUGGUCUUUAAUGUUUUAAAUUGUCAUUGGUUAUACAAAUGUUUUUAACGUAGUAUGCAACUUAUGAUGCAAUUGUUUCAUGUUGUAACUCUUUUAAUCGUACGUAAUUUAUAGGUUAGGGUACAAGUGUUUUUUUUAAUACAUAUAUAUGCAUGAUACUAUUUUAAAGUAAUUUG